GCCGCCGAGCCCGAAGCGCAGCUGCAGCGCGAUCCCAGCGGAGACCCGGCGGCGCACGAUGGCAGGCAGCGCGCUCCUGGCCGCCCUGGCCGCCCUGCUGGCCCUGGCGGGCGAGGCCUCCGCGCUCCCCAAAGGCGAGGACCACGAGCUGCCGCCUCCCCCGCCCUCCGGAGACAUUUCUCAGCACGAGAUCGACCUCGAGGGCAUCCCACCCGAGUUCCUGCCUCAGCGGCCGAUCGACGAUGAACUGGCUGAGCUUGACGUGCCAUUCCUGGUCCAGGGCGACCCCCAGCUCUCAGCCCCCUUCAGCCCCCGGGGCAGGCGGCCCGCUUGCACCGGUGGCCCCCGCUGCAGCCGGAUGCCUCCCCUCCCCAACCUGGAGGAGUUCCCGCCCGCCCGCCCCACGGCCGGCAACAUCGGCAAGAUCUGCGCCGCCGGGAGGAGGAAGCUGUCCUACGGCCCGUGGAAUCUGCCCCAGACCAGCUACAGCCACCUCGCCCGCCAGGGGGCAGCGCUCAACAGCCUGGAGGAGGGCGUCCAGCAGUGCUGCCAGCGCCCCGAGGACGAGAAGGUGCCCUGCUGCAGCGGCGUGUGGCUGGCCGUCCUGGAGCAGUUCUGCAAGGCCGAGUACGCGACCAAGACCCGGCCGUACCACUGCUGCAAGCAGAGCGGCGCGGGCAGGGAGCGCUGCUUCGCGGACGAGGCCCCCUUCCCAGAGUACGACUUCGCGAAGAAGAAGUCCAGGGGCUGCCCCGACCCCUCCCGGUGCGGGGCGGCCCUCUCCUUCCCUCCCGGCGAGCCCUCCGGCGCCAACAUCAGGAACCUUUGCAAGCUGCGCAGGUUCCGGCCCACCUACCCGGCCAGCAGCCUCCCGAAGUCGUACUUUGGCUGGUUCGUGCGACAGGCCCGGGCCGUGAACCGCAUGGAGAGCGCAUUCAAGAAAUGUUGCCGCCCGGAGGACGCUGGCUGCGCCCACCAAGCGUGGGAGCGGGUCCUGGUGCAGUACUGCCGGCAGGAGUUCUCCGUGAAGGACCGGCGCCACUACUGCUGCAACAAGGAGACCGGGGAGCCCGACUACCGCUGCUUCGCCUCCGAUGCCCCGUACCCGCUGUAUGACAAGGAGAUCCGCGUGCUCAGCCUGGCCGAGGUCACCCCAGAGCUCCUGGACUCGCUCUGCGGGCAGUUCACGCUUCUGACCAAGCAGAAGAACAUCCCAGCGCUGAUCCAGAACAUCACGGAGCCCUGCUGCCCCCUGCAAGGCCAGGAGCGGACUCAGUGCGCCGAGGACGCGAAAUCCGAAUUCAUCGCCACCAUCUGCGGCCCCCAGAGGAACACGUGGAAGGACCCGAAGAGGUGCUGCUCCCAGACGGAGGACAAGGCUCGCGGCGGCUGCUUCAACCGGAACUACCUGGCCCAAGUGCCCGUGGCCAGCCCGGCGCCGACGGUCCGCCCCACGGAGCCAGCCUCCUGAAUCCGAAGGACUCUGCCCCUCGCUUGAGCACGCCCCGCCCCCCCGCCGCCCCCCCCCGGCUGGCCUGUCCCAUGCCGGAGGGCGGCUUCGCUGCUUUCUCAGCGGCCCCCACCCCAGCUGGGCGCUUUGGGCACACGGUGUGCCGGAUUCCCCCUCGGGGAGCCUUCUUGAGGCCGGCGCUUCAGCGCACUUCCCCUCCUCAGCAGCUGCCACAGGCCGGCAACACCGGAGCUCCCAGAAGAGCGGGCAGGGAGAGCUGCCCGCGUGGCCCCGGCCGGCCCCUGCUCCUGCCUGAGUCGUGUCUCCGCGCCCGGAGCAGAAAAUGGUGCUGGCCUCCCUGUUGGGGUCUGAGAGGACGGGGCACGUGUCUCUCCCCGCCAGCACCACUUUCUCUGAUGCGCAGAGCAUCUCAUCCCCUCCCAAUGCCCAAGUCUUCCUCUCCUUGGUGGGCUGCUGUGUGAGGCCCAGCAAGAACAGCUGCGAAAACUGGGCCGUCCCUGCGGGACUCCGGGAGCUGAACGGGGCCAGGGGGUUUUAACUGGGAAUGUGGAGCAAGGAACUCAGAUUCUGAAGAAGUCGGAGAUGGACGACGUGUUUCUGAGGCUCGCCUCUGCUCAGCCUCAGCUUGGUGGAGCGGCCAACGGGGGCCAGGCCAAGCGUGGCACAUGGGGCUUGAUGACACCUGCCUGGCCCCCUGGAAGCCGCAGAGGCGACAUGGGCAGCCAGAGGGCUGGUUGGCUGGCAUGUUGCGCUGCCGAAGUCUCGUUUCUGCAUCUUGGUCUUGGUGUCCUGAUGUAACUUGGUGCUCUUCUUGUAACUUACGCAGAUCCCACUCAAGCCAAAGAGGCUCCAAUAAACCAUUUUCUGGAAGAAUGA